AUGUCGUCUCAAAACUCUCGCUUCUAUUCUGCUCCUUACCCUGCUCUUCCCCCUGCCCCUGCCUCUGCCCUUGCUCCUGCCCCUGUUAUUGUACGCUGCUCAAACCCCAGCUGUACUCAAGUAUGGCCCGAUGGCAGCAGAACUCAAUGCGUCUGUGGCGCGCCUGUAGGCUCUUACCGUCCCCCACAGCCGAACUAUGGCUACUACCCUGCUCAAUCAAACACUGGCGUCUACCCUCCCCAGCAGGCCACUGCCUUCUACCCUGCCCAACAAACCCCUGCUCCCUAUGGCGCUCAGCAAGCCGGCGCUCUAUACCCUGCCCAACAGACAAUUGGUUAUCCUUCUCCACAGAAUGCUGGUCUUUCAUCCUCUCAGCAAGACGCUGGCGCGAGCAAUGCGCCGCUUCAGGGGUUAAGUGCACCACAAGUUGCGCAGGCACAAAACACACAAGGUGCGCAGGCACAAAACGCACAAGUCAUUGGCAUCGCAGCGUCCCAGGACCAGCAAGCUUCUCGCAAGGUGGCCAGAGUGAAAGGACAUAGACAUGGUGAGGACAAGACAGGACGUUACAGUCCAUACGGUCGGCGACCUCAAAAGCCCAAGUCCACGGCCCAAGCCCAGACCCCGCGAAGCCAGUGGCUCUUCACUGAGCCUGGCAUUUACCAAUUUGAAGUGAAUCGAGAGCCAACACGCUCAACAUGGUGCUUAGAUCACCAUUUUUCUCAUCGCACCAAGCCAUGCGACAAGGAAAAGCCAUUGCAAAUACUGAAGGAGCCUUUCAUCAUGCCUGGACUCCUCCCGCCUGACUACAUUCGGCGCACACCUGCUGGGGAAGCACCGGCCACAGUUGAAGAUGCCGUGUUUGAUAUGAUGUCAUUUGCUGAGGAGUUGGAAGCCUACACUAGAUGGGCAGUAGAACGCGAUGACACACAGCAAACCUUCCUCGGGAUCUUUGACCAAGCUUUGCGGCAUCGUUCAGACUUUACGCAAAUCAGGACAGACCUGUUGACUGCAAUUUCCUCGAACAAUUGUCGAGCACAUGCCCUUAUCCUAAAUCUUCAUCGGGUGGCUAAACAUGCCUCUACCCAUUUUUUCCACAAACUGGCCACCGAGUUCAAUACAUUCGGUGUAGAUCGCCGUCCAGCACCACUGUUGGAGAAACAGUUCAUUAUUGAUCGACUCACAGAUUUGAAAGAGGCGAGACUCCGGCAAUCCUAUGGCGCACAGCCUGACAUUCCACAGCAGCUUUGGCAAGAGUUCCACAGCGUGACAGAAAAAAUUCUGGGCGAAUACGUGGCUGAUGUGAUCGCCACCCGAGAACAAGACCGCCAGAAGGCAAAAGACCUUCGAACCAUUUUGGAAAGCAGUCAGUACACAGCUGCAUUCUCUCAAGUCUGGAUUGGCACCCAACUUUCCAUGCCGGCCAUUCAGCACAAUCUGAUGCCCUCCCUCAUCUUCACAGAUCAGCGCAUAUUGAGGAACUCGUUGCAAAAUAUCUCAGAACGACUGGCACGGGAUCAACAGACUCGGCAGGCACAAAGUCCGCCAACUGCAGGACGUGCAGGACCCGCAGUAACUGGUCUGAGAGCUUGA